AUGCUCAAAAUCUUUCUUAAGAUUUCACUCUUACUGUUUUCCAUAUGGAUUCAUAAUUCAAACGUUUUGGCCGAAAAAACUUUCUCUGCAGCUUGUCGCAGACAGUUCACAAUAGUCAAUGGCAAGGGAGUUUGCGUUCAGGCAAGCCCUGAUGACCAUCAAUAUUCGUGUGUUGUAGAUUCUUGCCAUGAGCGUGUAGGUGAUCUUAGUUAUAACUACGUAGAAAUGACUGCUUGUACUCACGAUGGAUCUGUGAAUAAAGGACAAAGUAAACAAAACUGUGCUCAAUACCAAUUCAUGCACAAUAAUAACGGAGGCUAUUUCACUUGUACUAACCCUGCGGGUUAUCAUUAUACGUGUGAACGUAAUCAACACAAUAUUUAUAGACAGCUGACAUGUUCCAAAUGCACAAAAUAG